UCGGUAAAUGAGCGCAAAAACAUUAAGCUAUGGAAGCCCAAAGACGCGCAUUUAUAUAUCUAUAGUUUAAGGGGCUGACAAUGACAUGAAAUCUUAAAAAAACUAAAAACCAAAACCCUUUGGAUCAAUGAUCAAUCAAUCUACUCAUUUCCUGAAACCUCCACUCAAAUUCCUCAUCAUCUUCCUCUCUCUCCCUCUCUAAAUCCCCACUGCGUGUUUGCAUAUGCUAUGCGUAUGGUGGCGCACGCUUCCGUACAUGCUUCGGAUGCCACGCGCUUCAUCAUUCACAAUUCACUUCACUCUGCCUGUUCUCUUCUCCUUUCACUGUGUUUUUUAGUGUGAAAAAGGAAAAAAAUCUGUAAAUUUGAUAGCAACUGGUUGUUUGAUCUAUCCUUUUACGGGUCCGGAAGCUGGAAAUUGAGUUGAUAUGGAGAGGCGGUACACGAAUUCUGAUAAUUGGUUGAAUGAGCUUUACAAGAGAGAGACGGCUUUGUUCCCGCCCAGGAUUUGCUCUCGCCGCCUCUCGGCUUCACAGGCUCUGAUACAGCGCCUUGGUCUGUAUGGGCAACUGAAUGGUCAUCAGGGAUGUGUAAAUGCAAUUUCAUUCAACUCCACCGGCGAGCUGAUUGCAUCAGGUUCUGAUGACCGACAAAUUAUGCUCUGGGACUGGGCAGCAGAGAAACUUAAGUUGUCAUAUCAAUCUGGCCAUACGGACAACGUUUUCCAGGCAAAGUUUAUGCCGUUCACUGAUGAUAGCAAAAUAAUAUCAUCCUCUGCUGAUUGCCAGGUCAGGCUUGGCCUGAUACAGGAGAAUGGUUCAGUAGAAACUAAGAAAUUGUCUAAGCACCAAGGACGCGUUCACAGCUUGGCUAUCGAACCAGGCAGUCCAUACGUAUUUUACAGCUGUGGGGAGGAUGGUUUUGUCCAACACUAUGAUCUACGAAGUUGCUCUGCUACCAAGCUUUUCUAUUGCUCUUCAUUCGCAGAAAACAGCCGGUCUUCAAGCGUCGGGCUGAAUGCCAUGGUUAUUGACCCAAGAAAUCCCAACUAUUUUUCUGUAGGAGGUAGUGAUGUUUACGCACGUUUGUAUGACAUCAGAAAAUACCAAGUCAAUGCAUCAACUAAAGAAGGAAGCCCUGCCAACUACUUCUGCCCUCAUCACCUUAUUGGGAAAGACGAUGUUCGCAUUACAGCAUUAGCUUACUCCAACACGAGCGAGCUGCUCGUCUCGUACAACGAUGAUCUCAUAUAUCUGUUUCAGAGGAACAUGGGUUUGGGUCCGAAAUUCGCACCUUCACCGUCAGAAGACUCGCCCAGACCGUCGGAAGCACAAGUUUUCUCGGGGCACAGGAACUUCCGAACAGUCAAGGGAGUCAACUUCUUUGGCCCAAAUGAUGAAUACGUCAUCAGCGGGUCUGACUGUGGCCAUAUAUUUAUCUGGAAGAAGAAGAGCUGUGAGGUCGUCCGUAUGAUGGUUGGCGACAGGCACGUCGUGAACCAGCUCGAAUCCCAUCCGCUCAUCCCAAUGCUUGCUACCUGUGGAAUAGAGAAGAAUGUAAAGCUUUGGUCCCCCUCUUCAAAUGAUGUCACCCCUGUGCCUGACAAUGUUCAAGAGAUAAUGGAAGGUAACCGGCAAGGCCGGGAGGACCAUUCCCGGGUGUCCUUCACCCCCGACGUGAUCAUGCAUGUUCUGCGACUCCACCGGAGGCAAGCACAUGUGUACGUCGAGAGAAGGUACAACAGAGAAGAUUCCGGAAGCGAUGGGGACGAUGAUGAUGAUAGGGAGGAGGGUUACCUCUUAGGAUUCUCAGAUGGUGAUCCUGCAGAAGAUGGAGAGAACCCAAGAGAAUGCAGCAUUAGCUAAACCCCUCUCAUUUCCAUAUUUCUAUACUUAAUAUUUCCCUUGUUAUGUUACUAUAUGUAAAAUGUGUGGGAUUUGAAUAAUUUCAAUACUGCUAUUCUAUAUGUGUAAAUGAGUAUCAAAGUUAUUU